GCUGGUGUAUGUAAAGUUCUGAAUUACAACCAACACAGAAGUCAGUGUCAAUGGACCUUCAUAGAGCGAGAAUCCUCAACCACAUGGAUUGUAACACUGAUGGUCGACAUUCUAAGGAUGGGAAAGUUAAAUCUUUCAAUGAAGAGCGGCUGGACAGUGGCCUCGACUCUCUCAAAGAUGAGGAAUAUAAAGUUGUCGUCUGUGAGCUCGAGCGUCUUCGCGUGGAUUGUCUCCCACCGCAGAGAGACGAAUGCGGCAAUGAACCGUGGAAGGAACACAUUUCAGAGGAUGGAGACACGCUUCUCCACCUUGCCAUUAUCCAUGAAGCCAAGGACUGUGCAAGGAAGAUGAUAGAGCUGUCAUGCAAUGAGCCUUUCCUCAAUCAAUAUAACCACCAGAGACAGACUCCUCUCCACCUGGCUGUGAUCACAGAGCAGGCUGAGAUAGUGGAGCGUCUCCUGAAGGCUGGCUGUGACCCCACGCUAGUGGACGACAGUGGUAACACAGCCCUUCACAUCGCCUGCAGGAAGGGCUCUCUCACCUGCUUCAGUGUCCUCACCCAGACCCAGGGCUGCUCUACCCAGCUCCCAGCCAUUAUGGCCACGCCAAACUACAGUGGUCAGAACUGUUUGCAUCUGGUCUCUAUCCAUGGCUUCCUCUCGCUAGUGGAGAGCCUUGUUGAUCUCGGAGCUGACAUCGAUGCACAGGAGCAGUGCAAUGGCCGCAGCCCUCUCCACCUGGCUGUUGACCUACAGAACCUGGACUUGGUGCUGCUCCUGGUCAGUAAAGGGGCGAAUGUCAACAGCCUGACCUAUGGCGGUCACACGCCGUACCACUUGACAUACGGACGCCAGAACGCCUCCAUCGAAAGGGAACUGUAUGAGCUGACAGCUCAGGAGCUGAGAGAACUGCCAGACAGUGAGUCUGAGGACAGUGAGGAAGAGGAGGGACAGUCUGAUGAUGAAGUGGUGACAUGUUGGUAUGAUGACGUUCAAUGGAAUGGGUGCCAUUAGAAAAUAGACCACAGAACCUCCAAAGAACAGUAGUACAGGCAGAGACAGAAGCUCAUCUGUGCACAGGCUUUAGCUUUGGUACAGUAGCAUGCCGAAGUGGUGCCAACCUCAGAGGUAGAGGAUGGCAGAAGACUGGUACAGCAGGGGUACAACAGACUGAGAAAGUGAUGAUGGACAGUGUGAACCACUGAGAAGAUGCCAGAUAAACAAAAUGGAUGCCAAUAAAUAAGUCUUUAUGGCUCUGAAAGAGACUCAUUAUCACAGCAUACAUCCAACCAACGAUGUAAUAACACCUACAUGUAUUAUAUUGUAAAUGGAUGUGAAUACAAAGAUUUAUAUUUUUAAAUGUGUAAAGUUUGACUAUUGUAAAUGAUUUCCAUUGUUUGUGGAAAGGUAAAGCAAGCCACACACUCCAGUAAAUUAAAACAAUACAUAUUUAACAUUG